UGAUUUCAUAAAACUGUCACUUCCGAGUACAGUAGAUUGUAUUUGUGGGGUGCCGAUUUUGUGGAAUUAAUAAUUUAGAGUCUAAUUUAAAUAAAGAAAGGCUUUUUAUAUCGAUAUGGAUGAUCAAGGAAGGAAAGUUAUUGUUUGUGACAAUGGCACGGGUUUCGUCAAAUGUGGAUACGCUGGAAGUAAUUUCCCUGCCUUUAUUUUUCCAUCCAUGGUAGGCAGGCCGAUUAUUAGAGCAGAGAAUAAAAUCGGUGAAAUUGAUGUCAAGACGUUUGACUCUGAGAAUGUGCAGGAUUUAAUGGUCGGUGAUGAAGCAUCUCAGCUCCGAUCAAUGCUGGAAGUUAGCUAUCCAAUGGAAAAUGGGGUGGUACGCAACUGGGAGGACAUGUGCCACGUGUGGGACUACACGUUCGGGCCGAGCAAGAUGAACAUCGACCCCAAGGAGACCAAGAUACUGCUCACCGAACCGCCCAUGAACCCCACCAAGAAUAGGGAGAAGAUGAUUGAGGUUAUGUUUGAAGAGUAUGGAUUCGAUAGUGCCUACAUCGCCAUACAAGCUGUGCUCACUCUCUACGCACAAGGACUUAUAUCUGGUGUGGUUGUGGAUUCAGGUGACGGCGUGACACACAUCUGUCCCGUGUACGAAGAGUUCGCUCUGCCGCAUCUGACGAGACGGCUGGACAUCGCCGGCCGAGAUAUCACACGGUAUCUUAUUAAGUUGCUCCUGCUCCGAGGGUACGCGUUCAAUCACUCAGCUGACUUCGAGACGGUGAGGAUGAUGAAGGAGAAGCUCUGCUACAUAGGAUACAAUGUGGAGCAGGAACAGCGUCUGGCCUGGGAGACCACGGUGCUGGUGGAACCUUAUGUGUUACCCGAUGGUCGAGUAAUUAAAGUCGGCGGUGAGAGGUUUGAAGCCCCAGAAGCUUUAUUCCAACCUCACUUGAUCAAUGUGGAAGGGCAAGGUAUAGCUGAACUUGUCUUUAAUACUAUUCAGGCGGCGGACAUCGACAUGCGCAACGAGUUGUACAAGCACAUAGUGCUAUCCGGAGGUUCCACCAUGUAUCCGGGUUUGCCCUCCCGCCUCGAGCGCGAGAUCAAGCAGCUGUACCUCGAGAGAGUUCUGAGGAACGACUGCGAUAAGCUCGCUAAAUUCAAGAUUCGCAUCGAGGACCCUCCGCGCAGGAAGGACAUGGUUUUCAUCGGCGGCGCUGUGCUCGCGGAGGUUUGCAAAAACAGAGACAACUUCUGGCUCACCCGCCAGGAGUAUCAGGAACAGGGUCUUGGAUGUCUACGGAAGUUGGGUCCGCGCGCCAGUUAAGCUCAAUAUAGUCACCAAUUGUAUUAUAAACUAUUAUAUCGAUGUCUACUUAAUUUUAUUCUAUUCUAAGAACAAACAGAACUACAGUAUAUUUCAGUUGAAAUGUGAAACUAGCAAUUUUUACUGAAAAUUUCUUGAAAAAAGUUCAGUUACAUAAAGUCAUAAGAUAUAUUUAAAACAAGUAAUAUUGAAUACUGUGCAGAAGAGUUUUUGUUUGUUUUAGUGACAUAUAUUCACGUAUUGUACUUUCUAGAAAUCCCGAGUCAUAGAAAUUGUAAUAAAAGCUUAAAAAAAGAUCAAAAAAUGUUUCAGUGUUAUCAGUUCCAUAUAAUAUACGCUAGACAUAUAAAAUAAUUUACUUGUAUUAAAGCUGACUCAAUUAAAUAAAAAACAAAUGGAAAUACGUACAUUAAUAUUGAAACAAGAUGUAAAUAUUAAUUUCGACAUAACAAUAUAGAAUUGUGUUCUUAACAAAAAUCCAUAAGUAAAAGUAUGUGAUAGUUGGACACAACAUGUCUCUACGAAGUUCGCUUACAGACUGAAUGCAUUUCAAAGAAAGUUAGAGCUUUUCUCUUAUUUCACAUGCGGACGGACAGAUGGGCAUAUAUUUGCGUUAUUUAUUUUAUUUGAGAUUUGUUUUAUACAAAGUUCAAAAGAUAAAUUUAUCAACUUUUUUUUUCCUUUUCCAUCUUUUCAAUGUCGGACACUAAGACUGUAUUAAUUCGCAUUUAAUGUAUUAUUUCAAAUGAAAAUUGUAUUUCAAAUGUAUUGUAAAGACUUUUUUAUGAAUUAAAUAUACUUAAUGAA